AUGCGCCGCACUACACGGUUCACGCUCGACCCAGGCACCGUCCUGCUGGCGAGCGACACCGAGGAGCUGCAGAGCCACAUGGAUGCCACCCUGCCGGCCUGCCCAGCCGCCGCCCCUCUCCCGGAGAGGGUGGCCACGACUCCGGCGGUGCGGCCAGCCGAGCCGAUGGAGCUGGUACGCCUGAAACGCCUUGGUCGCCGCGUUGCCCACCAGCUCCGCGACCACGCAGACGAGCUCAUCGCUGGCCCUCUUCUGCGCCAGUACGUGGACUCGGCCCUCCGGGGCCGGUUGACAGCUGGCCCGAAAGGCCGGCCGACACACGCAGAGGCACACGGCAAGAUCUCGAAGGCCAUCUCCGCGAUCCAGCGGGACCUGCUCAGAGAUCCCCGCUCCGAGUGGCGCCGCCUCUUCCAGCACUUCACGACGGACACGUGGAGGGCAGCCACUGCAGAGGUUCAUGGGCCCUCCGAGUGUCCCAGUUUCAAUGCCGAGGACAUGACGGAGGAGUGGAAGCGAGUGUGGGUCCCGUCAGACCCCAACUACGACGAGCAGAGGUGCGCGGCCAGGUGGGAGCAGCACGCCGCGGAGGCGCACGAGCCCUUGCCGAAGACCGCCAACGCCUACGACGAGGUGUGGUGCCCCUCUUACGCCGACUUCCUGGUCGCCGUGCGCAAGGCCAAAGGCAGCGCAGGCUAUGACGGUUGGCACUCUAGCGAGCUCAAGCUGAUCUCGGAGCAUUUCGAGUUCUUGCUUUUCGAACUCUACACGCUAUGGCGGGACACCUGCGAGACCCUCCUGGUCGAGAGGCCCACCACCGAGCUCCAGCACCUCCUCUUCGCCUGGCGGGUUGUUGGGGUGCCAAGGAAAGACCCGACGCAGUCCCGGCCUAUAGGGGUGGGCUCCGUGCUCCUCAGGGCCUGGCUCACAGCUUGCGAGCCCAGCCUGCCCACGCCACAGGACGCUCAGUUCGCCUGCAAAGCGGGCUCCACGGUGGUCCACGCCUGCUGCUUGUGGCUGCACGCCUGCCAGCACGGCUCGUGCGGACUGGAGCGCGACCUGUCCAAGUGCUACGACAACGUGCCGCAUGCGGUGGCAGACGCGGCGCUCCGCAACGCCCAGACGCCACGCCGAGUGCGGGCGGUGACUAACGCUGCCUGGCGGGGCCCUCGGAGGAGCCAGGUGGCGGGAGAGCUGGCCAGUGAGACACUCUGGCCUACGCGCAGCCUCGCUCAAGGGGGCAGCACGGCGCCGAAGGUCCUGUGCCGCGUACUUUCCCCCUGGGAGAUCAAUGGCACCAAGUUCCUUUGCAUGGGCGACAGGUCCGCCGUCUUCGACUCCGUCCCGCAGAUGGAGUCGGGCGCGCAGGCCACCAACGCUUUCGACUCAGGCACGGGCGCUAUCGAGAACGUCGGGAAGCGCCAGGUCUGGAAGCGAGGGGACAGGACGCAGAUCGAGCACAUCGGCAUCCUCGCUGUCCCUGAUGCUCCGGAUGAGCCGAUUACGCCUGCCGGGGGCUGGACCAAGCUCCGCAAGUGCUUGCACGCCAUCCGAGGCCUCCCGGGAGGCAGCGAAGCCAGGGCCACGGCGGCCCGGGCCUACGCUAAACCGUUGUGGACUUGGUGUUCCCCGGUUUUCUCUCUGCCACCGCCCGACGUCGUCCCAGCAGCGAUGUCAGCGGUGCUUUCGACGAGGUGCACUUGGUGGUGCCGAGGCCGUUUCUGGGCCUCGAAUAUCGACCUGCACCCCAUCUUCAGAGCGGUGCUCACGGCCAUUGAUCGCAUCACCACCUGGGACCUCCGCUGGAGUACAUUCCUCGAGGUGAAUUUCACGACGUUCUUCGAUGCCAUAGGUUUCGAGUUCCUGCAGUACGACCCAGAGCGCGGAGUGCAGUUCCGACGCUCGGUGGACGAGCCUGAUGUCCGAGUUCGCCGAUUGUGCGGGCGCAGACACAUCUUCUGGAGCGACGAAGAGAUGGUGCCGCACCUCCUUCGCCAAGUAUGCCGGGCGAGAGCUCUUGCCCACGCAUCCGCGUCUCGCCACGACUCGGAGGGGGUCGACCAGAUCGACCUUGAAGCCUCCUCGGCACGAGCGUGGUCCACUUUCCGGGACUCGCUGACCCUGGAGGACAGGAUCCACUUGAAGAUCUUUCGCUGCGGAGCGACACACGGCCCGACGAGAAGAUGGGGCGCCACCAGGCCUGAUCUCACGGCGGCCUGCCCGUCCUGCGGGGGUCCCCAUCGACCGAGUGCGCGCCGCUACGUGGCCGAGCGCGCCGCCCUGGCGGGUUUCCGGCAGGAGCUGAACGACGCGCGCCACAUCCCACCUGGCUGGUGGGCACGCCAGCCGCGGGCGACGCUGAAGACGGGAUGGAUCACUUUCCCGGCUCACGCGUCCGCGGUCCGCAGAGCGGAGCUCCAGGUGGCCGUCUGCCGCAUGGGGCUCGUUGCCAUGGCGCAGAUGGCAGAGGAUUGCGAGGU